CAGAAAGUAGCGUCAAAAUGGCGGAUAGCUAAUUGAAACAGGUGCUUUGUAAACAAAAAUUAUAAAUAUGCCGAAAAAGAAGGGAAAGGGGAAGAAAGGGAAGAAGGGAAAGAAAAAGUCUGGUAAAAAGUCAUCAGACAGCUCCCCUGGCCCAGUCGAUCCGAUGGCUCCGUCCUAUGUUCCUCCUCCACCAAAACCAGGUGAACAGUUGGUUAAGCUGCUGACUUCCCAUCCAGUUGAUGAGAAGGAAAUCCAUGGUGUGAAAGUGUCGACCAGGAUUCUAGACAAUCUUACGCCACAAGAGAUUAGGGAUUUGAGAGUGGUUUUUGAACUCUUCGAUACAAAUGAUGAUGGGUUCCUGAGUCCUCCUGAACUAAGACGUGCAAUGAAAGCUCUCGGAUUUAAAGUCAAAAUUGAAGAGGCAAAACAACUGGCUAAUGAUGGCAGUCUUAAAGGCCUAGGAAUGCUGGAUUUCAAUGAGUUCCUUGAGACUGUUAUUGACAGACAAGAUCCAGAUUCUAUAGAUGCCUAUGAUGAAAUCAGUAAAGGAUUCUCUAUGUUUGACAAAGAUGCUAAAGGUUCCAUAUCCCUAGAUGACCUUCAACAGGCAUGUCUUGAUGCAAAGGUCAAGUUCAAGAAGCAGGAACUACAAGAGAUGAUUGAAGAAGCUGACACAAAUGGAGAUGGACUUGUUGACAGGGAUGAGUUCAUCUCCAUAAUGUUGGAAACAAAUCUGUUUUGAACUCAAGGAUAUCCUUACAAUCAGAUCCAAUAUUUACUAAUGUCAGGGCCAAUUCACCAACAUUUUGGUUUGGGACAAAGUCUUAGAAAUGUGAUUUUUUUAAUUAAUCAAAAUGGCUGUAAUAUUAUUCCUUUUGACAACAGGUAAACAAAUAAAGGCGAAACUAGUUAUAUGUGACAUCCAGCAAUUUUCAUCAUUGUAGACCAUUGGUGUUUUGCUUGUUCUUAUGUUACAAGAAUAUCAAAAAUGCAGUUUAUAGUCUUAAGUGUCAAACUCAAGAUGAUAGUGAGUACAUGUAUGUGCCCUGGAGUUUGAUGCUGACUCUUUUUGUAAAAUUACUUUCAGAACAGCACUGAAAGAAAACAGAAUUGCUGUAUAAUUUGCAUAUAAAAAGUUUCGCCUCUAUUUUUUCGCUUGAAUAUGAUAUGACAGAGUGUGUUUUUGCGUAUUCUCAGAAGGAACUGUUUCAAGAUUCUAAGUAUGAGUUAGUUGCCAUGAGUAACACACUUAAUUUUUGUUGUAUUCACCUAGCUUCAGGAUAUAUUGCCUCUAAAAUUUAAGUUAAGAUGGUGGUAAUCUUUCAACUUUACAAAACUGCUUUUUCUGUAGUUUAGACAAAAAUGUAUCAACAUUUUAUUUCACAGUCAUCUGUCUUAGGAAUAAUUGUUACCAUUUCUUCCAAUUCACUGAGAGCUUAACAAGCAAGCCCUAUUGGAAUAAGCUUUUGUUUAACACUCUUUAUGACUUUGAUGAACUAUUUUUAUGCCAUUCUUUUUUAUCACUGUGUGUGGCGCAUCACAGUAAUGAUUUUGGAUCAAAACUUGUAUUUGAUAAUUUCUAACCCAAAAGGAAUAACAUGUUUGUUUUUUUUAAAAACUCUACGACUUUGAUAGUUAUUUUAUGCAAUUUUUAUUUUGAUUCAAAUGCUAACACAACACUUUGAUCCAGCCCCGAUUCAUUGGGAAAGUUUUAAAGUUCAGUUCUUCCAUAUAAGCUUUUGAAAACCAGGGAAUAUUUAUGAUCGAUACUAUGUGAUUUCAUACAAUACACACACAACUACUGUGAUUGGCCAAGUAGCCAAAACUUGUCAUGAAAAGAAGGUCAACAGCAAGCUGUUGACGUGUCUUCCAUUGCACAUUCAAAACAAACAUGAUUUAGAUAGAUAGGAUGUCCUUGAUUUGUACAUGUAUGGCAUAAUUAAAUACAAUGUUCAUCAUUCAAAGUCACAGCCAAACUAACUGAUCUUCAAACACUCAUUUGACAUAUGCGUAUCUUAGAGAUGUGUUCUAUAUAUAUGUAUCUUUCACUGUUAUUCCUACUGUCAACUUGUUGUGUAUCAUGUUGUUUUAAAUUUUCUUUUUAUAUUUACAAUUGUGUUUGAUAAUAUGUUGUUGUUUUAUUAUCAGUUAUUGAUGAACAUACAGAAAAUAAAAUUUUA